AUGGGGUACUUCUCAACCAGUGUGCUUUUACUUGUGGCCAUUUCCAAUGCAUUUGAACUUGGACUCGUUGCUGGUGAAUACCUCACCAUCAGAGAUAACAGCAUUUGGGACCAGAAAGAACCUGCAGUACGCGAUCGCGAUCGGUCUUCCCAGUUCGUGCCUUCCAUGAGGAUACAGAGUAGUAAGUUGCUUAAUAGAACUUGCUGUCUGAAUGGAGGGACCUGCAUCCUGGGGUCCUUCUGUGCCUGUCCUCCUUUCUUCUAUGGACGCAACUGUGAACAUGAUGAACGCAAAGAGCACUGUGGGUCUAUCCUCCAUGGCACCUGGCUGCCCAAGAAGUGUUCGCUGUGCAGAUGCUGGCAAGGACAGCUCCACUGUUUUCCUCAAACCUUUCUACCUGGCUGUGAUGGUCAUGUGAUGGACCAGGAUCUCCAAGCAUCCGGGACUCUGCGGCAAACACCGUCUGUGCCAACCACUUUUAUCCUAGCUGGCAUCUGCCUUUUUCUAGAAGUGAAAGUAUAG